AUGGCAGGCGGCUUCUGGAUGAUGGUGACUCUAUCUGAGCUCAUGAAGACCGGCUGUCAGAGCCAGCCUGAGAAUGAAUUCCCACCCGAGGAACCAGACAAGAUCCUCAAAGUAUCUGGAAGCUCCUCGACUCACGGCACAUUCUUGCCAUUGCACCACACUGCCUCUCGACGUGCAGAAUGGACCACUGGGAGCGAGGAAGCACUGACGACCUCCUCUCUUUCCAGAGUCUGCGGAAGGCGCCCCUUGGUGCCAGGCCAUGGUGGCGGCACAGGGCGGACUACGGGUGGGGCCGACGCCCUGCCGGGGGCCUGGCCCUGGAUCGUCAGCUUGCAGCUGCCAACAUUGACGGGGCACAAGCACACCUGCGGAGGCGCCCUCAUCACUGCCCGGUGGGUCCUCACAGCCGCCCACUGCUUUGGAAGCAAAAAGAGCCUUCCGCACUGGCGCGCAGUGAUCGGCGCUUCAAAGCUCUCUGUCCUCGGCUCGGAGGUCCACGUGCGCUACAUCAAGCAAGUGGUGGUGCACGAAGCCUACCAGGCGACCACGCAGGUCAACGACGUGGCGCUGAUGGAGCUGGACCAGCCCAUCAUCUGCAGCGACUACAUCCAGCCGGCCUGCAUGCCCGACAGCACCGUCAGCGUGGCCGCUCUGUCUUUCUGCUACAUCAGUGGCUGGGGACUCAGCAAAGCGAAAGGUGAGAGCCUGGCCGAGGCGGCCUCCCUGGCGCACCCUGGCACCCGAGUAGACAAAGGAGGGGUGGAGGCAUCAGACAUGAUGCAGGAGGCAAAGGUCAAUCGCUUUUCCACCCAGACGUGCAACAGCAGCAGCUGGUACAACGGGACCGUAAGAGAGAACAGCCUCUGCGCAGGGUACGAACAAGGAGGCACCGACAGCUGCCAGGGAGACAGUGGGAGCCCCCUCAUGUGCAAGGAAGAGGCAUCUGAGCCGUUUUGGGUGAUUGGAGUCACCAGCUGGGGCCAAGGCUGUGGCAAAGCACACCGCCCGGGAGUCUACGCCGCCACACAGCCCUUGUAUGCCUGGGUGAAAGGGUGGGCAGGACCCAUGCCCCAGCCCCCACCCACCCCAGAGCCUGCCCCUUCGGCACCCCGGAAGCUGAAGACACCUCAUGUCACUAUCUAUUUCCAUCCUCCGACAAACCCUUUCCAUUGGUCUGAGACCAGCAGGAAGCCCACAGCCUCAUCGCAGCCGAAGCCACAAGAGGAGACCACAUCCACAAGCACAUCCCAACCCACGUCUGAAACCAAGCCUGAAACCCCAUCCCAAACCCACGUCUGA